GUGGCCAUUGAGUUACGAGUUGCAAUAUUUUUCGUCGCCUCAUUCGUAUCUCCAGUUCCUGUCCGGUCGGUGGCCAUAAAGUCGGAACCCUAGAUCAACGAUUCUGAAACUGAUCGGAAGCGAUGGAUGAUAGCUGUGCUGUGUGUGCGGAGAAUCUGGAAUGGGUUGCUUACGGUGCCUGCGGUCACAAAGAUGUUUGUUCCACCUGCGUCGCCCGCCUCCGCUUUAUCUGCGACGAUCGGCGAUGCUGUAUCUGCAAGACCGAAAAUAGCCUUGUUUUUGUCACCAAGGCUCUUGGAGAUUACACUCGAAACAUAAUUGACUUUUCAAGUUUCCCACAUGAUCCAAAAGAAGGUCGAAUGGGGUCAUAUUGGUAUCAUGAAGAUACACAAUCAUUUUUUGAUGACUCGGAUCACUACAAGAUGAUUAGAGCCAUGUGUAGACUGUCAUGCAGUGUGUGCGAUAAUAUCGAGCAAGCCAGUGAUGGCCCGAGGAGAAGGGGGAAAUUCCGGAAUAUUGAGCAGUUGAAGGGGCAUUUGUUCCACCAGCACAGACUGUUAAUGUGCAGCUUAUGCUUGGAAGGAAGAAAGAUCUUUAUUUGUGAGCAAAAACUAUAUAAUAGAGCGCAACUCAAUCAGCAUGUGAACACUGGAGACUCUGAGGUGGAUGGAACUGAGAGUGAAAGAGGUGGCUUCACGGGGCAUCCGAUGUGUGAAUUUUGUAGAACCCCUUUUUAUGGAGACAAUGAGCUGUAUUUACACAUGUCCACUGAACACUAUACAUGUCAUUUAUGUCAAAGGCAGCAUCCUGGACAAUAUGAGUACUACAAAAACUAUGAUGAUCUGGAAAUCCAUUUCCGUGGUAAUCACUUUUUAUGUGAGGAUGAGUCAUGCCUUGUAAAGAAAUUUGUUGUGUUUCUGUCCGAAGCUGAAUUAAAGAGGCACAAUGCCUUAGAACACGGUGGCCGCAUGUCCCGUUCCAAACGAAAUGCUGCUCUCCAGAUACCUACGAGCUUUCGGUAUCGCCGCAGUAACGAACAAGAUGGUCACCGGGGAAGAGGACGUAUGUUCAGACGGGAUGCUUCUGAAACUGAACUAUCCAUGGCCAUCGAAGCCAGUUUGGAGACGGCUAAUUCAGAAGGUAGAUCUCAAGAUGCUUCAUCUUCCAGCAGGAGGACGGUGAUCUCUGAUCAUGCUGAAGAAACUGAUUUUGAUCCACUCAUUUCCCAAUUUGAAUUAAUAGCCACAUCAGGCCCCGAGUUAUCAUCAAGGUACCGUAAAGCUGUUUCCCAGCAAUCAAGUAAUACGCUUGAAGAAUCUUCUUUUCCGCCUCUGCCGAUUGCUCCUAGUACUCAACAGCCGAUUCAAGCCGAGUCUUCACAAAAGAAUACUAUGGCUGCACGUCUCCGCAGGCAGAGCAACAAAACUGAGCAUAUCCUCGGUUUGGGUUCUGCUUCGAGUAGACCCAGUCACGCUGCACCAACUGGAAGGCAGAGCAACAAAACUGCUUCUGUGCCUGGUUCAGCAAGUCACACUGCACCAUCUGCAAUCAAUAUGCAUCACGCCUGGCCUGUGGUCAGAAGUGUUUCGGAAUCAUCGGCAUCUUGUUCUGGCCAAAGCAAGCCAGCAGAUGGCAAUGGUUCAUCAAUGAUCAGCCAUCAACAUGCUUGGCCUGCAGUAAGCAGUUCUUUUGGGUCUACAUCAACUUCUGUUCGGCAUAUACCCUCCUUUCCAAGUCAGACUCGAUCUGCCGUAGUUAAUGAAUCUACUUCUGCAGGUUCCUCAAGUUCAUCAAGGAAUUGGGCUAGCACCACUAGAAUCCCCCAUACCACAUCAGCUCCAAACCUUGUUGAAAGUCAAUCUUUUGACUCUUCCAAUUUCCCACCAGUUUCAUCGCAGACACUCAAGUUGCCUGCAAGUUCUCAGCCCACCACAACGGGAAUAGGAGAUAUUCACACUGCAAACAAAUCUCUGGUAGAAAGGAUUCGUUCUUCUCUGAGUUUUGAUGAAGAUAAAUAUGCUGCAUUUAAGGACAUAUCAGGUGAAUACCGCAGAGGUUUAAUCAAUGCGGAAACGUAUCUAGCUAAUGUGGAUCAGUUUGGCUUGCUUCAUCUGGUGUAUGAGUUGGCUAGACUUUGCCCUGACAUUCAGAAGCAGAAUGAGCUGAUUGAUACAUAUAAUGCGAACUUUAGGCACUCGGGUUCAGGACAGAGUGACAGUGAAACAAAGGACAGCAGUGUUUCUAAGAAAGGCAAGGGUAAAUCCAUAGAUGCUGGAGACAAUAAUAAUACACCAAAGAUCAAGUUAGCAGAUAGCAUCAUGCACACUGUUAAGAAUCUGCAGUCAAGCUACAGGCCAUCAGAGGAUAGUGUAGAAGUGCUGUUAAAAGAUGACUACCGUGCUUCUUCUAAAGGAAAAUCUAAAGCAACAUCAUUCGAGAAAGAAUUGAUGCCACAUUCUGAAGCUUUAAAACUAAAGGACCAAAGCAGCUUGUUAGGUGGUGGUGGAUCAGAUCAUACUCUAGGGGAUGGCCAUAGCAAAAAUAAGCAAAAAAAGAAAACAUCAAAGUUCCUAAGGGCCCGCCUAGGUGAUGAGUUUGUGGAAUCACACUCAAAUCUCAAAAAUUCAAUUUCUGAUCCAGAUCUGUAUGUAAAACAGAUGCCAUCUGGUGAAGAGAGCAAGUCUCCUGAAGGCUUACCAGUGCGUGGGGUUUGGCGAAAUGGUGGAGGGCAAAAGCUUUUGGCAUCAUCGACUUCAAGAGGAACUAAGAAGUGAUUCAGUUUCCAUCUGUAUCAUGAAUGAUGGUUCAGUAGUGUUGGCAUAAAAAGUGAUGCAUAUAUGGGCUGGGAUAAUCUAUUUGCCAACAGACCUGGUUAAUACAGGAGUAUCUAAACGUGCUAAGGCAAACAUGGUUGUUUUGUCAUUUUUUAUAUUUUUGUUUUACUGCUGCAUUGGAGGAUGAUUGGGCCUCUUUGAAGUAUGAACUGCUCUAUGAAGUAAAGAUUUUUUUAUACGGGAAAUCGAAGAAUCAUUUUUGUUGUUGAAUUCCAAUAUAUAUAUACUCGUUUUGCCUCGUGUAAGAAUCCCUCUUGUUGCCAUUGGGUGGUGCAAGAAAUGUGGUGUCUAUGGGUGUAACUAGGGGCCGGUAGGCUACCCCCU